CCAGAACCAUGCAUGAUAUGUCGAGUACCAUCACUCUCUCCACACGAGUCUUUAUUUUUCUGUUUCACGUCCUCCGCCAUGAAUCUCUCUCUCUCUCUCUCUCUCUCUCUCUCUCCCCCUCACACGAGACCUCCUAUCACCUCGACUACCUCCUUAUCUCGAAUCACCGCCAAUGCUAUCUUUCAUUAUGCUUUUUUUUAUGGACAUUUGCCUGCCAGUCUCUCUGUUAUACAAUUUUUCUCUCUCCCCCUGUCUUGUCUGCCUAUUUAGCUUCUUAAGUGGUAUAAGUUUCUCGCACAGUACUUACAAAACACAGCGAAUGACGAAAAUCACGAAUGUUACGAAGUGUACGGUUGCCCCCCCCCCGGUCAUGAGUUGCGUGCUUCUGUUUGUUGCUCUGAGCGAAUCACCGAGCCGGCUGGCGGACCCGGCCCAUCAAUCUUGUUUCGCUAUAUCAUUUUUUCUUUUUGUCUACUGUGUUGUUGUUUGCGACUAUCUAUCUAUCGACGGCUUGCCCAGUCAGUGGUAUUGGGCCAGGAGAGGGAAACAGGACUGGAGACUGACUGGCUGUUAGCCAGUCUGAAUACGACUAUUUGAAACUUGGUAUUUACUACUUGCGUAGGUCUCUCCCAAAGGAGUUGUUUUUCUCCCAGCGCAAAAAUAGA